AUGGACCCGAUUUCUAUCACCGGUCUCGUAAUAGAGGUUAGCCAUGUACUAUCGAGCCUGAUCAGAUAUGCCAAAACGGUACAGACCGCAAAGUCCGAAGUGCGAAAACUUAGCGAAGAGCUAUUUGCUCUAAAAGGGAUCUUGGAGCAUCUGACAGCGCAGAUAAAUGAUAUCCCCAAAUGGGAGGAAUCAGAGACAAGCCCAUUUGACCGCGAUGUCAUGUCGAGAGUGUUGCAUACAACAAAUGAGUUCCUCCAAUCCUUACUCAUGGACUUGGAAACGGCCGAGACCAAGUUUAAGCGCCUCAAGCAAACUCUGAAAUGGCCCUUUACUCAGACGCAAGUCAGCGAGCAUCUGGUCCGUCUGGAAAGGGUCAAAUCGUGGUUGAUACUGGUUCUCAUUGCAGACCAUAAUUCGGUGGAUCGGGAGAUGCAGCAUGAGAUUCGUGAUCUGACAAACACAUUGAAGGAAGACUUGCAGAUUCGAGCUCAAGAGCGGAACCAAUUUCUUAACCGAGAGCUUCUGCAAUGGAUAGCUCCUGUGAGCCCCGAAAACUCUCAUCUGCGGGCAUCAAAAAGACAUAGAAAUGGGACUGGGAGAUGGUUUGUCGACGGUCACCUGAAGACGUUUCUCAAUCAAGACGAAAAUCGGGCUUUCUUCCUCUUGGGAAAAUCCGGAACUGGAAAAACUACACUGUUUGCACAAGUUGCCGACGAACUUACUUCUAUGACCUCUCAAGGCCAAUCCAUGUGUCUUGCUUAUUUCUAUUGCACAAUCAGCGAUUUUGGCUCCCAGAAUGCAAGAAAUGUUCUAGGAUCACUUGUGGCACAGCUCUCGGGGACAGUUCCUUCAGUACUGGAUGAGAUUCGGACUGUCUACAAAAAGGGUCCAAAGAAUCAGGCGCAUAGGUUCCCUAUCGAAUUAUCUGUUCUCGAAGCUGCCAUCCUCAAGUCUGCUUCCGAAAAGACAAAGGUUGUCCUUCUGGUUGAUGCAAUCAACGAAAGCCAUGAUAUGCAGCUUCUUGAAGCAUCCCUUCUCAGGCUUGCCAGUCUGUCUAUGAACAUCCGGGUGCUUAUAACCACUACAAGCACAAUGAGUUCCAUCAAGCACCACAAUGCAUCUGUCUUGAACAUAAGUGGAAAGUCGCGAGGGGAUAUUGGUACCUUUAUCAAAUACCGGCUUGAGACUGAUGAUACAUUGAGAACUUUGGCACCAGAAUUCCAAGCGGAGAUUGAAUUCACCCUUCUUCGAAAUGCCGAUGGAUCAUUCCGCUGGGUCCAGCUCUCACUGGACAACAUAAGCUCGCAGCGAUCUGUAAGGGCGAUGCGACAGGCCUUGAAGAACCUCCCAGGGACUUUACGCGAGACAUAUGCAAAUAUGUUGGAAAGGAUUGCCCCUGACGAUUGGAAGAUUGCUCACGAGGCGCUCUUUUGGCUCAGUUUUACUAAACAGCCUCUUACUUUGAGGAGUCUCAAUGAAAUCGUGGUCAUGGACGAGACAAGCAUAACACUUGAUGAGGAUAUGAUGCUUGUCCCUCCGCAUAUUCUUCUUCAAAUUUGUCAAGGACUCAUCACUGAGGACCAAGACGGUUAUCUCAAUCUCGCGCAUGCGUCUAUCAAGGAUUUUCUAACGUCUGAUUGGAUUCGCUCAUCUCGAGUCCAAUAUUUUGCCCUGGAUCCUACAACCGCUGAUCUGAAAGCCAUGCACAGUUGUCUCACGUACCUGUGUCUCGACAAUUUCGCACAGGGAUACCUGACAUGUUGCGAAAAGCCAUCCAAACUACGAGACACUCACCCUUUCAUGACUUACGCCGCAAACUUCUGGCCGCAACAUGGUGCUGCUUGCGGCUAUGGGGGUCCCAAACAAGACAUGAUCCAUAAAUUCUUCGCCACAAGGUCUCUUCCCGGCCGGGGGAAUUAUGGCACGUGGAUGCAGGUGUUGUUACGGAAAACCGCUGGUUCACACACGAACGAUGCUGAGGCCAUUGACGGAACGCAUCCUCUUUACUAUGCCGCCUCGUUUGGUAUGGUUCCAGUCGUCGAGUCUAUUCUCGCUUCCGAACCAGACAUCGAUAUAAAUGCUCCUGGUGGCCGUAUUGGAGCCACACCAGUGUGGAUUGCCAGUCUUCGCUUCAACUUUGAGGUUGUGGAUAUCCUCCUGCGUGCUGGAGCUGAUCCAUCGAUCCGGGACCCAGGUAGUGGGCUCAAUGUGCUUGAUCUUUUGAGGAUGGUGCCGACCCGUCAUCGAAGCUACCAUGGCCUUCGACCCAUUUUAGAUCGUCCAGCGCCUUGGAAGAAUCAGUUGAAAGAAUGA